GCCGCUGUUUAAAACAAGCAGCCAGGGGUUGUGUGAGGAGUUGAAGGUCACAGCUAGGUCAGGGUUUGGGAGUGGAGCGAAGACCUCCAGGGAUGAUCCAUCCAGGCUUGUGGUGGCCAUUGCAUCAUCCCUGGAGAACCUCCGCAAUCCCAGUGAGUCAUUUUCCCUAAAACCCAAUGUUCCAACCACAGCCCCUGACCUCGAGGUGGGCACUCCUCAGUGGCCAGCUCCUCGUCUGCGCUGUUUGGGAUCCAGCCCUACCUGCGCUCCCUGAUCCUAAAACCUCACGUAGGAACAGCGGAUUCAAACUUGUUUUUCUUCUUGUGGCGAAGACCAAAUUUCAAAAGCCGAGAGGAGUUGAAAGGGAAAGGGAAGCUGGGCUCCAGCUGGGGCAGCCAAGGAUUUGGGAGCUGUGAUUUGGGCUCUGAUAACGCUCCUUGUGUGGCCCUGGGUGAGCUGUUAAUCCAGGGGUGCCUCCCUGUGCCAAGCUGUCCAGGAGCUCGGCGCUCCCGCUGGAACCGGGCGUUUUUAACAGGCCGUUAACGGAAAUAGGGAAUAAUUGCCGGCUUUUUAUGGAUAUUUUGUUUAUGACGAAGGGUGGCUGUGUUCAGGGGAGGUGCCCAUUUUCCAGACCUCCUUCAUUUUGCUCCUGGGAGAUGUUUCUGACUCUUCCAAAGAGGAUUUUUCUUGACUCGCGGCCACGGCUGCGGUGCUCGGUGCCGCCAAGUUCAAUGUUCUCCUGGAUGGAGUAAAACGUGUUUAUGGAUUUUGAUGAAACUUGGAAAUUCGUGGAGUGCUGAACUUGCUGCGUUACGGGAAAAGGAAUCAAACUCUGACUCAGGGAGGAGGCUGACCCUGGGGGAGAGGGUGGCCUUGGCUUGGCUGAGUCAGAAAGUGUUUUUUGGUUGUCUCAGGCAUGGAUUUAUUUUUGGAAUGAUCCCACGGCUGGUAUCAGAUGGGGCCAAGAAGGAUGAGACAUGGCCUUGGUGCCCCUCUCUGAAUUUUUGCUCUUUGUUCCUCUGUAUAUUUAUAUUUUUUUCCUCACUAAACCAUUUCCAGGGGUAAGGGUUCUCUGUUCUCACUCCAGACCGAGGUGUUUGGGCAGCUUGAAAAGCGCAAGAUUUUUUGAUUUUUUACAGGAAAAUUCGCUUUAAAUGAGAAGGUUUCAGUGUUCACAAAGUCUGAGGGUUCAGCACACUGAGCCCAGCCAGGGCCCAGCGGUGUCAGUUCUGUGCUCUGGGUUUGCUCCAGGGGCAGAAACAACUCAAGGUGUAACAAUGAUGAUUUUCUCAUCUCUCGGCCUUGAAACUCUGUCAUUUCAUGGAAUUAUGGAAUGGGUUGGGUUGGGAGGGACCUUAAAUCCCAUCCAUGGGCAGGGACAGCUCCCACUGUUCCCAGAUGGAUCCAAGCAGUCUUUCUGCUUUGUUGCUGUUCCCUCUUUUAUUAAUGUUUAUUCCCUUCGUUCCCCAAAGGAUUGCAGAUUCAAUCAGUGGAAAAUAAUUGCCAGGAUAUUCUUCAGUCUCCUGCUCUCUCCAAAUGUUCAGGCACAGCAGCAGAGGAACCUGGACAACAUCGUGUCCCAGCAGCCCAGGAUUAGUGGGGGGAAGAAAUCCAAGAAGGAAUUCAGCGCCAGCUCCGAGCUGGAGGUGAAGAACACCAGCCCCAUGUCGGAGCAGGAUUCGGGGAUCCUGGAUGUGGAGGAUGAGGAUGAGGAGGAAGAGGUGCCCGGAGCCCAGGAUUUGGUGGAUUUCUCCCCGGUCUAUCGAUGCCUCCACAUCUACUCGGUCCUGGGAGCCCGGGAGACCUUUGAGAGCUACUACAGGAAGCAGAGGAGAAAACAAGCGCGGCUGGUGCUGCAGCCUCCCUCCAACAUGCACGAAACUUUAGAUGGCUACAGGAAGUAUUUCAAUCAAAUUGUAGGGUUUUUUGUGGUGGAGGAUCACAUCCUGCACACCACCCAGGGCCUGGUCAAUCGGGCCUAUAUUGAUGAGCUGUGGGAGAUGGCCCUGUCCAAAACCAUCGCGGCCCUCAGGACCCACUCCUCCUACUGCUCCGACCCCAGCCUGGUGUUGGACCUGAAGAACCUCAUUGUGCUCUUCGCCGACACGCUGCAGGGCUACGGCUUCCCGGUGAACCAGCUCUUCGACAUGCUGCUGGAGAUCCAGGACCAGUACAGCGAGACCCUGCUGAAGAAGUGGGCAGGAGUGUUCAGAACCAUCCUUGACUCGGAUAACUACAGCCCCAUCCCGGUGUCAAAUGAAGAAGCUUAUAGGAAAAUCGUUGGACAGUUCCCAUUCCAGGAUGCUGAACUUGAAAAGCAACCCUUCCCAAAGAAGUUCCCCUUCUCGGAGUUCGUGCCCAAGGUUUACAGCCAGAUCAAGGAGUUCAUCUACGCCUGCCUCAAGUUCUCCGAGGACCUGCACCUCAGCUCCACGGAAGUCGACGACAUGAUCAGAAAAUCCACAAACCUGCUGCUGACCCGGACCCUGAGCAACUGUUUACAGAACGUCAUCAAGAGGAAAAACGUCGGCCUGACGGAGCUGGUGCAGAUCAUCAUCAACACCACCCACCUGGAGAAAUCCUGCAAGUUCCUGGAGGAGUUCAUCACCAACAUCACCAACGUCCUGCCCGAAACCGUCCACACCACCAAACUCUACGGGACCACCACCUUCAAGGACGCCCGGCACGCCGCCGAGGAGGAGAUCUACACCAACCUCAACCAGAAGAUCGACCAGUUCCUGCAGCUGGCUGACUACGACUGGAUGGCCCCGGAGCCGGGCAGCCGGGCCAGCGACUACCUGGUGGAUCUCAUCGGCUUCCUGCGCAGCACCUUCGCCGUGUUCACCCACCUCCCGGGGCAGGUAGAUGUCCACUCUACCAUGUCGGGGAAGGUGGCCCAGACCGCCUGCAUGUCGGCCUGCAAGCACCUCUCGACAUCGCUGCUGCAGCUGCUGCUGGAGGCCGAGGUGAGGCAGCUGACGCUGGGGGCCCUGCACCAGUUCAACCUGGACGUGGAGGAGUGCGAGCAGUUUGCCAGAUCCGGCCCAGUGCCUGGGUUCCAAGGGGACACGCUGCAGUUGGCCUUCAUCGACUUGAGACAACUCCUGGAUCUGUUCAUCCAAUGGGAUUGGUCGACGUAUUUGGCCGACUACGGGCAGCCCACGUGCAAGUACCUUCGCGUGAACCCCACCACAGCCCUCAUCCUGCUGGAAAAGAUGCGGGACACCAGCAGGAAAAACAACGUUUUCGCCCAAUUCCGGAAAAACGAGCGGGACAAGCAGAAGUUGAUCGACACCGUGGCCAAGCAGCUGCGCGGCCUCAUCAACAGCCACCACUCCUGAGGGGCUCGGGAUGCCCUUCCCGCAGCCGGGACUUCGGGAAUCUCGUUGGGAGAGAAGAUUUGUAUUUUUUUAUUCGCCCGGAAAGUCUCCGCGGAGCCUCCCCCCGGCGGCAAAACCCUCCCGGCGGAACAAUCCCGGGAAAAGAGGUGGUGGCAGGAGUCUCCUGGAUAAACUCCUAUUUUCAGGGGUUUAGGAAGCGAUGGGAAUUCUUGGAGCCUGGGAGAAGUUCACACCCGGAUUGGGUUGUUUGAUUUGGUUUUUUUUGGGUUUUUUUCUUUUUUUUUUUGUCAAAGCCAAAUUGAAGGGAUCAUCCUGCCUUCCUUUUGUUAAUUUAUUCCCUUGGAAAACUGAGAAAUCUGGGAAGAGCUGCGGGGUCUCUGGGCAGAGGGAGGAAGGUCACCCUGGGUGUGUCCUGUGGUUUGGAUUUAGGCAGGAAAAAGGGAUUUCCCAGGUUUUUUUCCCUCCUCUUUUCACCCUCCACUGGCUGAUUCCCACAUCAGACUGCAAAUCCCUGGAAUUGCGACCCUUUCCCAUCCCUGAGCUCCACUCUGGGACCUGCCAGGGGCUGUGGGAUCAUGGAGAAGGGUUUGGAGUGGCCACCUGGAUUAGAUUUGGGAAGGGACAGCUGAAGGAUAAUUUGGGAAUGUGUCCUGUGGCAGCGCUCCAGGGCUGGGAUGCUGCUGGGGACAUCCAUGGAUGGGGAGUGGGAAGGGACACUGGGAUCUCCUGGUGUCCAGGAAGGGUUUUUCCCUCUCUUUUCCCUGCUGGUGUCCCACCUUCCCUCUCCUCCUGGUGGUUUUCCAUGGGGAAAACUUCCCCGGGAUGUUUUGGAGCUGGAUCAGUGGGAAUCUCCUGGAGCAGUGGGAGAUCCCCCAUGGAGCCGCGCUGCUCCAAAGUGCCUGUGGAUAAAAUUCCCCCUGUUCCGAAGGCCCCCAGAAAUCCUCUGCUCAAACCAGGUGGCCACCAGAAGGAUUUAAUCCCAGGAUUCCAGUUCCAGAGGGGAAUUUUCACCCUUCUCUAUCUUGUCACCAUUUUGCCUCUUAAUUCCUCACAUUAUCCAGCCACAUUCCCAAACCCUCGAAGGGAAUUCCGAUCUCCCCGGUGGUUGUUGCAGCCCUGAGCUGCUGCUCCUGUGCCCAUUCCCAACCCUCUGGAUGCAUCCAGAGGUUUUGCCUUCCCGCCUUGCUCCUCAGCAAUAUUUUGGGAUUGGUUUUCAUUUGGAGAAGGUUCCUUUGGCUCAAUCCCAAAAUUAAACGGGAACUCAGUCAGGAAUGACCCCCUGGAGCUCUUGGGCUGUCCCAGCCAUCUCCAGCUGCAGGGACCAAGGGGUUGUUUUCAUUAAUAAGAGGGAAAAUUUGCAAUUCCUUGGGUUUGGACAGGGAUAUGGGGUUCCUUGUGAGCUCCUCCUGGAGGGAUGUGGAAGAGGAAUGACGGGAAAAGCAGCAGGUGAAGGAAAGUUGGAGUCACCGUGGCCAAAAAGGGAUCGGCUUUGGAGACACCUCUGGAAGUGACCCAGAGAGGGACAAGGGAUGGGAAUUCCGAGUGGGAUGGACAAGGAGCAGAAACUCCAGGACACAGGGAAGGGGUUUUGUGCUGCCAUCCUGAAAUUCCGUUUUCCUCUCCUAUAAUUCACUCCACGAGGUGUGAUUCCCACAAAGAUUCCCACAAAAAAUCCCCCGCACAGCCGAGGCAAGGUCUCAUUUCCCAGGCAGCUCCCACCCUUCCCAAAUCCACGCUGGACUCUCCUUCCCAUCUCCCUGAACUGUAAUUCCAGGAGCAGCGACCUGGGAUGGGCAUCCCCGCUCCUUCAGGUUCCUUUUGGGAAAACCAGGAUUGGGAUCCUCCAAACCGGCUCCUGGCACUCAGGAUUUGCUGCUGGGAAAGUCAAAUCCGGCCAGGGGAGAGAUUCUGGGAGUUCCUGAUCUCGGGAGGUCAAGAGCCGGAACCGCAAGUCAGAGCCCGGGAUGAAAAAUGGGAUUUUGGGACUCUGGUCCCAAUUAACUUUUUGUUCCAAGAGAUGUUCCAUCACUUCCAAACAAAAUUAAUCUUUUAAACAGAUUGCCCCAAAAAAAAAAAAACCAGCCCUGGAAGACAUCCCAAAUCCCCUCUCAGUCUCUUCCUAAUGAUGGGUGUCCUCCGACACGGAUGGAAUUGCUUAGGAGGGAAAAGUCACUGCAGGGAAUUUAAAAGGGGGUGGGAAACGGGGGCAGGACCCAAAUCCAAGAUUUCCAGCUUCCCAGAAUAAAUAAUGCUGCUCUCACACCUGGCUCCACAUCCAGGGAACAUUCCUUAGUGGAUUUUAUUUUUUAACAAAAGGAAAUUGGAUUAUCCCAUGAUUUCUCGUGGCUCCGGCAAAUGUAUUCCAGCACCAGUGGGAAAAAUUAUAUUAAAACCCAAAUUUGGCUUCCUAAGAAGCUUCUUUCCUUCUUCAGGAGUUGUCAGGCAUUCCAGGAGUUGGGAAUAAUCCCAUAAAAGGUGUCCAGAGUGGGAAUGUGCAGCCCAACCCAUCCAUAGGAUGGGAGGUGGGAAAGGAGGGGUUUUCCUGGGAUUUUUUGGGUAUUCCUGGGGCUGGAGUUCUGGAGUUAUGCUCCCAGUGAUUUUUGCACUUUGUUCCAGAUCCAAUCCCAGCUCCCGCUUGGAUGGGGACAGGAAAAAUUGGGAUGAUGCUGUUUUGGGAUUGGCGGCUUUGGGGAAGGUGGAAUUUCGGGCAGGAGCUGUGGGAAGGGUCAUGGUGGCCCCAGAUUCCUUGGAAGCGAGGCUGGGAUGGAGCUGGGGCUGCUCCGGGGGCAUCGCUGCUGUCACGUCCCUCGUGCCAAAGUUUUGGGAUCAAAUUCCAGCCAGAAUCCGAAUCCCAGGCAGAGAUUCCUCAGCCCUGGGUGUCUCCUGCCUCCGCCGGGCUUUUCCCGUUAGUUCUGGUUUGGGUUUGGUGCUUUUUAGGGCCUUGGAGGGGUUUGGAGCAUCCAAACACCGUCCCACACUCCAGCUGGAUUCGUGUCCCAGGAUUUUUGGGAUAUCUGUCCCAUUUUUCCUACAGCUCCACAGGGCUGGAGACCCCUCGUAUCCCCCCCAGCACAAUUCCAUAAUUUAUCCCACUGCUGGCAGCUCCAAGGGAACACAAAUCCCACAAACCCCAUCCCAAAUGACUCCGGGAUGAUCCCAGCUCUGCUGUCCUCUGGGAACGCCGUGGAUCAGCGGGAAGCGACCCGAACACACCGGGAUUGGCUGGGAUUCACCCCAAAAACGCCGGGAUGGAGGGGGGGAGCUCGGGGGGGGCUUUGCUUCACCCCAAAUCUGCUGCUCCAACCUCCAGCCCCUCCCUUGCCCCCAGGGCUGGAUUUGGGAAGCUUUUCCCAGAGCUGGGAUCCAUCCCCACCUGCAGCUUCCCGAAAAUUCCAUGGGAAGCUCUGGAAUCCUGUCCAAUCCAAGCUGCUCCCUGCCUUGGCUCAUCCCUCAGAUUUUGCCAGGAAAACCCCCCACACUCCCAUCCCACAUCCCUCCCUGCCCGCCGGGGUUGCCUUUUCCCGUUGAUUUUGGGGUGGAAGGACCUGAUUUUGGGAACCGAGGUGGUGAAAACAGCUUUUUUUGCACAAGUCGUUGCACAAUAAGGGGAAAAUUUAGCAAAUUAGGUUUAACUUUAAAGGGAAUUUUGUUGUUGGUUUGUUUUGGUUUGUUUUUUUGUAUUUUUGGGGUUUUUUUCCUUAAAACUCGCUAGCAGAGCUACUGAUUCCAAGAGGAAAAAGAGCUGGAAUGGUUGGAGAAAGGUCUGCAUGGUUUACAGGUUCAAUUCUGUUAGAAAUUAGCAUGUUGGACAUUUAUCCUGGUGUAAUUCCAAUUAAACAAAUACAGCAUUUAACUGUUUCAUUAA